UCGUAAAUACACUCACUGAGUCACUGCUGAGCUGAGUGCGCGCAAACGCAAAAAGCAAACAAAACAGCCCCCACACCAUAACACAUUCACACACACUCUUCCUAGUUUCUUCAAUCUCUUCCAUUUGCAAUUGCAUUGCAGCAUUAAACCCCAAUUGCAUACUCUCUUCUCUUUCUCUGUCUCUAUGUCCAUAUCUCACUCUCACACUCACUCUCACUCUCAACAACAACAACAGACAAAUACCAACUCCAUUCCUCUCUAAUUACCAUUUCCCUCAUCAACAUAUAUACUCUAUAUACCAUCAUCAUGCCUUUCAUGCCUCCUUCUCCUUCACCUUCACCUUCUCCUUCUCCUUCUCAUACUCCCUCUCACACACUCCUUCACCACCAUCAUCACCCACCACCUCCAAUCAAAAGCAACUCCUCCUCACCCUCCCCGGCAGUAAACUUCAGCCCACCAAUCAUAGCAAUGGUGGUCGUCGUCGCCGCCGCCUUCGUCAUCGUCACCUACUGCCGCCUCAUAGCCCGCCACCUCAAACCCCCACUCAAACGCCUCAUCCGCCGCUUCAACCGCCGCAGAUUCCUCCCCUCCUCCGCCGGCGACGUCGACUCCCUCCAAUACGACUCAACCACCCUCGACGGCCCGCACCUUUUCUCCCCCUACGGCCUCGACGAGUCAGUCAUCAAGACCAUCCCCUUCUCCCUCUACACCCCCAAACUACACAUCGAAGAGUCUCGCCGCAGCGACUGCGCCGUUUGCCUCCUCGAUUUCGAACACCAAGACUACGUUCGCACUCUCCCAAUUUGCUCUCACACCUUCCAUCUCGAUUGCAUCGACGCUUGGCUUCGUUCUCACGCUAACUGCCCUCUCUGCCGCGCCGGCGUGCUCUGUUCUGAAUCACCCUUCACACCUCUCAUGGCGGCCAGGAUCCGACCCGACCUCGACGACCACGCUAUUCUCCACUUCGACCCGACCCGAUCAGACCUCGAAGCUUAUUCCCUCUCUCCCUUACCGGAGAUCACACCCUGCAUCGACGACCACUCUCCCAGAAGAAUCAACGACGAUCAUCACCACCGGAGGGACAAUUUUCUUCUGAAGCGAUCCUAUUCGUUUGGAUUUGAACGGAGCUUGGCUUCUGAGAGGAUGGUGGUGGAUACUGCCACGGCUUCGCCGUGGCGCUACCGGAGAGGGAGUAGCAGCAGCUUCUGGAGCAAGAGACCUUCACCGUUCGGGUCGUUGGGGAAGACGAGGGUGUUUUCGUUCAGAUACUACAGGGGGAUGAAAUCGCCGUUUUUCCGGCGGAGGGGAUUCUUCCCGUUCUCGGAGUCGAGCGUGAGAUACGCCGGCGGCGGCGGAGGUAGCUCGUCGCGGCGGAGCAAGUCCAUAGCGAGCCCGAUGUUCUUGAGGUCGUCGGCGACGGCGAUGACGGCGGGUGUUUUCUCGUCGAGCCGGCUGAGGUGCGGUGAUCCCGAGGCGCUGCUGUCGCCGGAGAGGUUUAGCAGACGGUGAAGAUGAUGCUGACGUCAGAAAGGGGAAAAGGAAAUGAGAUGAAAUUUGAAGAUCUUUUUUGUUGGCCGGCAAGAGAGGACACGUGGAGUUGAAUGAUUGGUUGGGGGAGGGUUGGCCGGAGAGAGAAGCGGUGGAGAGAGAGAGAGAGA